AUGUCCGGCGAAGGACCCGAGUCCAUCCCCACUUCCGCCGACCAUCGCAGUCGGCGUCCGGUGAAGAAGCGCGCUCUGACGCCCGUUUCGGAACACGCGAAGCAGCUCGACGCCCUCUUCUCCAAGCCUGACCAGGAGAUCCGCAUCCCCCCGCCCCCCGGUGCUGUGGCCAAGCGCGCCGUUGCCGCACCCCCCGAGAUCGUCACCAAUGUUCAAGGCUCCAGCGCCGGAGCUGGCUCGGGCGAGUUCCAUGUUUACAAGGCCAGUCGCCGCCGCGAGUACGACCGACUGCGCGCCAUGGAUGAUGAAGUCAAGAAGGAGAAGGACAACGAGGACUUUGAGCGCCAAAAGGCCGAGCGCGAGGCCAAGGACGAGGAGCGCACUCGCAAAAACAGGGAGAAGAGAGAAAAGAAGAAGCAGAGGGGGAAGAAGGGUCCUGCGGCCAAGGGACCUUCGGCGCCAAACAGUGGUGUCGGAAAGUCGACCGCGAUCGAGACAUCUACGGCCAAGGAAGUUGGCGAUGCCAAGGAAAGCAAGGACGGCGGUGGAAACGAGGCGUCAGACACGGCAGCCGCCGCCCAGCCGGCCGGUCUGGUCAUCCACGACGACGACUGA